UGUUUCCCACUGUGGGACACACAGAGUCGAGUGGACACAUGCAUGUCGUGUCUACACGACCUGGUCGACUCUUAUCCAAGCACAUAGCAUAGCAGCAUGGAUAUCUUGUAUUUAGGCACCACACAGGAAGAUGCAAACUAUACAGUUGGUUAUCUUCGCUCUUGCUGGGUCCAUAGUGUAUUCAAGAAGUGAAAGAUGCCUCAGUACUCAACCAGAUCUCAUCACGAAAAAGCACUUCACACUUCAACAAAGAAAUGAGCCAACCAGUCCACUACAACUGCGGUACGGCCAUCGUGUUUCACAGCAGAUUUCUACGUACAUCUUAAAGAUCCUUGCUGAGGAAGUCCUUGGUUAUGAAGAUGUCCAGGUGGUUGAUGUGGGCAUGGCAGCUGAAGCUGAACAAGUGUUGAAGAUAUUGACUGGGUGUUCAAAUAGGAUUGAUUGUCAUAAAAAGGAGCUGCCCCUCCCCCCUGCUGUCAUUGACACUGAAGUAUGGGUGUCUUCAGACUUGUCAUUACAGAAAUGGCCAAUAGAUGAUGCUGGAGAUACCACCCAUUAUGGCAGGUAUGGGUGGUACAUGUCUAGUGACUUUGUCCAGCAGAUGUGGGACAGCAGCCAGUUAAUAGCAGACCAUUGGCGCUCACUCAAGAUACAAUCAGUGACAUCUCAACUGCUACACAACCUGACAUCUCUUCAGCAUUUACAGAAUAUGAAUGAUAUUAAGGCGGCAUGUGCAGUGUCGCCAUGCCAGGACUGUCUAGACUGGCUACUGAAUACCAGUCACUGCCAUGACUCAGCCGAACCUCUGGAUUGUACAGUGGUACUAGCAGGAUUUCCAGACUGCAUGGGUUCACUACUGAGGCGCCAAGUUGAUAGCCUGCCUUUGAAUUUUUCUUUGAUAUGGCUGGGCUCUAAGCUACCACAGGUGUUCAAUGAGCAAUAUUUAGGCAACAAGCCAUUUGUUGUGCUCAACUGGGAGCCAAAUACCCUAACAAGCACAGGGAAGCUGACUCGCAUUACCCUCCCACCAUGCAGCCUCAACAUCUCCAGUCCAUUAGCUCAGUCUGCAUACUGUGACUUUCCUUUGAUGCGACUAAAGAAGUUUGCCUGGUCUCAAGUUAAGGCUGGUGCUCCUGAAGUUUACCAUCUUCUGACAAAAAUGUACUUUAGCCAAGAUGAACUCAAUAGCAUGCUACUAAACCAUGUUGAUAGUGAAGGCAGUAAGACUAGCAAAGAGUUGGCUUGUGAUUGGCUGCAGAGAAAGAGAGACAUGUGGUCUUCGUGGCUGCCUGUUCAGAACAUCCUCAACGGGAAGGUUCCUGUCUACCUUGGCGGAAUGUUUCCAAUGUCGCAUGAUCCGGAUGCGGUAUGGAGCAGCCCAGGGAUUCUUGCUGGUGCUCAAAUGGCAGUGCGCAGUGUCAACAGUGACAACACCAUCUUAUCAAACUACAGCCUGGAGCUUCUUCUAGAAGACACACAAUGCCAGACCUCCCUCGUUCUCAACAGCUACAUCAAGUUUGUCACGGGUCCCCAUAGCCGCUCCUUGGCGGGAAUUCUCGGACCACCAUGCUCUGUCCAGGCGGAGAUCGUCGCGGAAGUCUCCCCCUUCUACAACACCAUCCAGAUGGGGUAUAGCCUAGAAGGUGUUGACUUGGCAAACAGACAGAAGCACCCGCUAUUCUUCAGGACUUCCCCCAGCUAUUUUGAAUUCAAGAAGGCCUACGCUGCUUUGUUUCACGCUCUUGACUGGACACGUUAUGCGAUGCUUACGGAUGUGAACUAUACACCAUCGACGGUUACUGACACCCACGCCCACCUUGAUGACAGGGGUGUCAAGAGGGUGUACUCGAGGGUGGUCGCCCUGCAGCAGGUGCAGGAUGUCAAGGGUUAUCUCAGAUCCUUGAAGAGGCUCAAUGUCCGUGUUAUCAUCGGUAAUCUGUUUGAGGGGCUGGCGCGAGUGGUCGUCUGCGAGGCGUACAAACAGGGCAUGACUCCCCAAAAUGGAUAUGUCUGGUUCUUACCAUUCUGGCUCACAGAUGACUGGUGGAAUAACAAAAUCAGCUUUAAUAAGAGCUCCAGGAACUUUGCUUCACAGAAGGUAGCUGUGCCGUGCACUGUGACGGAAAUGAAGGAGUUCAUAGAGGGUGGAUAUUUCACAAUGUCCAACGCGUUCUUCGCCAGUGCGAAUAGUCACGUGGUUGGUGGUUUUACUGUCGACCAAUGGAGACGCGAGUACGAGCAUAUCAUUAAAACACAGGGCUACACGCCGUCCGAGUACGCGAGUUUUGCGUAUGAUGCAGUCUGGGCCUACGCCCUCGCUCUCGACAAGCUGUUUGGUUCAAACUCAUCUUCAUUGGAUACCAUCAGGACUAAUGCAACCACACAGCGUCUAAAGUGCUACUUACAGCAGUCGAACUUCAGCGGAGUCUCUGGCCAAGUUGUGUUUAAGGAGAGUGAGCGCUUCCUUCCGCGCGUCACCAUCUUACAGCACUUUGCAGGCAAAAAGGUGACAGUCGGCCAGUUCAUUCCCGUCAUGCCUGGCGAUAAGGGUUGCUAUGGUUACGGAGGCUGUCUCAGUCUUAACGAAUCCACAAUCGAGUGGGCAGGUGGUCAACGGCCUUCUGAUGGGCGACCAGAGAAAGAGGUCUGCCCUGUGGAAUCAUUCCGUGCAGUGAUUGGUUUGUCUUGUGAUGGCGCGUACUCUGUCAUCUACGUCAUCGCUUUUGGUCUUCUUCUUAUUCUUGUUAUUGCUGUCCUCUGGAUGUGCAUUAAGAGAAGGUACGAUCAGAAGUACAAGUCCACGCAGGUCCGCAUGGAGGAACUCGGGCUGAUGGACAGGUCACCCGUCCUUCAACUCGACCAGUGGGAAAUCCUACGAGAGAACGUGGUCCUUUACCGCAAGCUAGGGGAAGGAGCCUUUGGCACAGUAUUCGGAGGGGAGGCGAAGGGGAUCAGGGACCAUAUGGAGUGGGUGCCUGUGGCCGUGAAGACCCUCAAAGUGGGUUCCUCACCGGAAGAGAAGUUGGAGUUCCUGAGUGAGGCGGAGACCAUGAAGGUGUUUGAUCAUCCGAAUAUUGUGAAGUUGCUCGGGGUUUGCACCAAGGGCGAACCUGCACUUGCUAUAAUGGAACUCAUGAUAUACGGUGACUUGAAGAACUUUUUGCUCGCUAGGCGCCAGUUUGCAAACCAAAACAUCAAAGAGGCUGAGGAGGUGGCGCCAGGUCGCUUGACGCGCAUGGCUCUCGACAUUACCAGCGGCUUGGCGUAUCUGUCAAGGCUCAACUUUGUUCACCGCGAUCUAGCUUUGCGUAACUGCAUGAUAGGCGCUGGUCACGUGGUGAAGCUUGGCGACUUCGGGAUGACGAGGGCCAUGUUUGACUCUGAUUACUACAGGUUUGGUCGUAAAGGCAUGCUACCCGUGAGGUGGAUGGCGCCUGAAUCACUCAUGGACGGUGUCUUCACCACCAAGUCGGACGUGUGGGGUCUGGGGGUGACUCUGUGGGAGCUGUGCACCAUGGGAAGCUUCCCGUACCAGGGCUUCUCGAACGCUGAAGUGGUCACGUAUGUACAGGAGGGGAACUCCAUGGACCCACCACAGGGAGCCCAACAGCAGUUCGGUGACCUACUUAAAUCUUGCUGGCUAACGGACCCAAACGAACGUCCAGAACCGGACAAAAUAAUGGACCUGCUGUCCGAUAACUUGGAACUGCUGAAGCCGUGUAUUAACUGUCCGACUGCCAGCGUUCCUCGUGAUGACGACUCAGGCGGAAGUGUCGCAACUCAUACUCCAACCACGCCCAAGAUGUCCCUGAGAAAGCUCUCACAAAGUCUCAGACCGAAAUCUCCCGUAGCAACGCACGGGCAGAGAGUCAACCGGUUGUCAGAGGCAAAGCUUCGAGGCAUGAUGAAUCAGAGGAUUUCGCUAAGUACCCCUCCGAUCGGGCGAGGGUCGCAGGCCUCCAGUGCCGAUAGGAUAGACGAGGAAUUCGUGUAAGACCAGGGAAUGACUUACACAAGAGACCACAUGGCUUGAACCAAGAUUACACCUAUAGGAUGAUAGACGAGGAAUUCGUAUAAGACCAGGGAACGACUUACACAAGAGACCACAUGGCUUUGGCCAAGAUUACACCUAUAGGAUGUUAGACGAGGAAUUCGUGUAAGACCAGGGAACGACUUACGCAAGAGACCACAUAGCUUUGGCCAAGAUUACACCAUAGGAUGUUAGACGAGGAAUUUGUAUAAGACCAGGGAACGACUUACGCAAGAGACCACAUGGCUUGGGCCAAGAUUACACCUAUAGGACGAUAGACGAGGAAUUCGUAUAAGAUCAGGGAACGACUUACGCAAGAGACCACAUGGCUUUGGCCAAGAUAACACCUAUAGGAUGAUAGACGAGGAAUUCGUGUAAGACCAGGGAACGACUUACACAAAGAGACCACAUGGCGUGAGCCAAGAAUACACCUAUAGGAUGAUAGACGAGUAAUUCGUAUUAGAUCAGGGAACAACUUACACAAGAGACCACAUGGCUUUGGCCAAGGUUACACCUAUAGGAUGUUAGACGAGUAAUUCGUAUAAGAUCAGGGAACGACUUACACAAGAGACCACAUCGCUUUGGCCAAGAUUACACCUAUAGGAUGAUAGACGAGGAAUUCGUAUUAGAUCAGGGAACAACUUACACAAGAGACCACAUGGCUUUGGCCAAGAUUACACCUAUAGGAUGUUAGACGAGUAAUUCGUAUAAGAUAGGGGAACAACUUACACAAGAGACCACAUCGCUUUGGCCAAGAUUACACCUAUAGGAUGAUAGACGAAGAAUUCGUAUAAGAUCAGGGGGAACGACUUACGCAAGAGACCACAUGGCUUUGGCCAAGAUUGCACCUAUAGGAUGAUAGACGAGGAAUUCGUAUAAGAUCAGGGAACGACUUACACAAGAGACCACAUCGCUUUGGCCAAGAUUACACCUAUAGGAUGAUAGACGAGUAAUUCGAAUAAGAUCAGGGAACGACUUACACAAGAGACCACAUCGCUUUGGCCAAGAUUACACCUAUAGGAUGAUAGACGAGGAGUUAGUCGUAUAAAACUUGGAAGCAACUUGUGCAAGAGCCCCUUCCACUAGGUGAAGGAGGACAAAGACUUGCAGCACCGAUAAGAGAGAGGAGGAGGAGGAAUUCGUGUUAUUUUAUUUUUUUAUUUAUGGCAUUUAUGGCGAUUGUGGCCGAACGGAGAUUAAAGAAUGGGACACGGGGUCCCUUACAAGCUUUAGUCUCCGGCGCUCAGCGAACAGUACACACAAAACAAAGACGUGAAAAUAGAAACAAUUGAUAAAUGGUAAAAAGCUAGCAUAAACAUGUUGACAAAAGAUUAACCCUUCUGCGUAUGGGACAGAUAAUGCGCCAGGUGCGGAUAUUGUUUGGGUCAAAGAGUUGAAAAAGUCGAUGCGCAAGGAAAGCUUUCAGUCGCUGUUUGAAAAGAGAAGUUCUCUGGGUAUUCCUUGGUGUUACGGGAGCUUUGUUUUUGGUGCUCAAGGCCUUUGUACUCUAUUUCAUUGCCUCGUUCUAAGGUAUUUGUUUUUGGCUUUUGUUCCAUUGUGUUUUUGGUGCUGGUGCUCCGUAACACCAAGAAGCUACCAGUUCUCUCAGAGAAUCUUAUUUCGGGAGGGAGAGCAUUCCACGUGGGGGCAGAUGCGUAAGAAGUAAGAUUCGCGGAAGGUGGAAGUACGCAAACUAAUAAGACGAAGCUAAAGGCCUGUCGCUCCGCGACGAGUGCGAGACUGCGAAAACUGGGGAAUAUUAGAGAUGUCGAGAUGAAUUUCUUCCUUGAUACAACGGGAAAAAAGUAACACCGGGAACCCGCUCAAACAGCAAAAAGACAUCCCUCGGGUAGAGGUGCGGCUUCUUUCGGGCUCACUUGCACUUCUCUGAAACAACAAGGCUGAACUACCAGUACCAGCUCACUUCAAUCAAAUGAAUCAUGCUGUCAAUGAUAUGAAGGUGGCGGUGCUUAUGGACACCGAUACCUGAAAACGAGCGGAGUCCAAGCUUAUCAUCAAACACAACACCCUGGCGCCGAGCGGCCUAAAUUUAGAUGUAGGACUGCCCAGGAUGUGAACGCGCGCACUGGAACUUUUAUUUGUUUAGUUUUUGGUCGUCAUAAUUUACCGUUAAUCCUGAUGAAGGCAGCAUUGCCGAAACGUCCAAAAAAAACCUAUAAAUAAGCACAAGACAAUCACUGCACAGGACCAAAAACACCUCUCUGAAGUUUGUAUUUAGUAACUGAAAUAUAUUAUUUACUAUCUGGGCGCAUUAUGGCGAUAGCCGCCGGGCCAAGGUCUAGACGCAGUAAUAUGACGAUUCUGAGAAUACGAAAUUAUAUACACCAAGAGAGCAUAAGAUAUCUUAUGCUCUCUUGUAUACACAUAUUUCAAAUAAGGUGGCAUCGUAAGGAUGUAUCGUAACUCGCAUCUGUUAAUGGGUAGAGGAUGAACUACUGGUAUCUGAAAGCCGCUUGAAAACUAGAUAAAGAUGCUGUAGCUUUAUAAA